AUGGCAUGGCAUGACACGACACGCGUGUGUUUAGACCCCCCCCCACAAUCCAAUCCACAAUCCACACCACAAUCCACACCACAAUCCACACACCACACACAAACCCCGCAAGAAACGCCCCCCGCUUUCAUUGUCCGCUGCAAGCCCAAGCCUACGCCCAAGCCAAGCCAAGCCCAAGCCAAGCCAAGCCAAGCCCACCAUACACACAAAGACAAAGACAAAGCCGCACCGCACCGCACCGCAUGCCAUGCCGCCAAGCCAGCAGACGACAGGACAAAGCGCAGCGCGCCCGCAAGCGGCGACCGCGAAUCAACCCCCUUCUCGUUCUCGCUCUCGCUCACUCAACUCAGCGCAGAACCCACCAUGCCUGACAAGGCAGCACGAGACGACCGAAGCCUUGCAACAAGAUCGCGCACGCACUACACAGCGGCACUGUCAGCAGGUCGUGAGGACGCCGCCGAAGAGGAGAAGGACGAGGAAGAAGAGGACGAGGAGGCUUGA